GCACUUGCUGGGUAGCCAUCUGUGCCGUGCCCCAAGGCUGGCCCCGCUCCACUCUUAAAUCUUGAUCCCUCGACUCAAACCGACCGCAGCUAUGAAGGUCUACUAUAUCGGUGUUCUGAAGAACACGGAGCAGCCCGCCGUGGUGCUCGCCGGCGCCCACGAGCUGAGCGAGUGGUCGAGGUUCACCAGAAACGAAUAUGGAAACUUCAUGACCAUGAUUGGCAAGACGGUCGCUGAGCGAACUAGUCCUGGCCAGAGGCAGAGUGUGGAAGAGCAAGACUAUGUCGUUCACUGCUACGCCCGAUCCGAGGGCGUCGCCGGCGUCAUCAUCACCAAGGACUAUCCUGCCAUGGCGGCACACAGCGUUUUGUCCAAGCUCAUUGACCAGUUCCUGUCCGAAACGCCCCUCGAUACGAUAGAGGCCGCGACCACGGACAACUCGGUGGAUUUCCCCGCGCUAGAAGAAUAUCUGAACACAUAUCAAGAUGCAAACGAGGCCAAUAGCAUUGCCAAGAUCCAGGCCGAACUUGACGAGACCAAGAUUGUUCUCCAUAAGGCAAUCGACAGCGUCCUGCAACGCGGCGAAAAGCUCGACGACCUAGUUGCGAAGAGCUCCGACUUGAGCUCCCAGAGCAAGAUGUUCUACAAGACUGCCAAGAAGCAGAACUCGUGCUGCCUUGUCAUGUAGGUGAGCCGGCGUCGAAGUGGCUGCUCCUGAGCAUAUGGGCAGCAACAAAGUACAGCCUGCGAUCCCGAUUUCCGGUCUCUUGGUCACAGUAUGCCACACGCAAGUUCUGGUACCUCUCAAUCAGGACCGUUUCAUCCCAAGCCGCUUCCUCACGUACCUACCUUU